CGGCCGCAGAGAGCAGUCAGACCGGGCUGGAGUGUGCGGAGGUCGGACUGUCAUCCUCCAGAGUUAAAAUGCAGACGCCGGCCGAGUCGAUCCUCCACAGUGGAUACUUCCACCCGACGCUGCGCCAGUGGCAGACCUGCGCCACAGAUUUAAGACCCGACAACCUCAUCUACCCGAUCUUCAUCACAGACGACGCAGAUGCAGUGGAGCCCAUCCACAGUCUGCCAGGACAGGCCAGACAUGGGGUGAACAAACUGGAGGAGAUGCUCACGCCGCUGGUGGCCAAUGGGUUGAAAUGUGUGCUGAUAUUUGGAGUCCCCACCAAGAUUGAGAAGGAUGACCGGGGUUCCUGCGCCGACUCAGACGAUACUCCGGCGGUCCUGGCGGUGAAGAAGAUCCGCUCUACGUUCCCGGAUCUGCUGGUGGCGUGCGACGUCUGUCUGUGUCCGUACACGUCUCACGGACACUGUGGGAUCCUGAACGACGAUGGGACCCUGAACAAUGACUCCAGCUGUCUGCGACUGGCCGAGGUGGCGCUGGCCUACGCUCAGGCCGGCUGCCACAUCAUCGCUCCGUCAGAUAUGAUGGAUGGAAGAGUCCGAGCCAUUAAACAAGCGCUCAUAUCCAAUGGUUUAGGGAACAAGGUUUCAGUUCUGAGCUACAGCGCUAAGUUCGCCUCCUGUUAUUACGGACCGUUCAGAGAUGCGGCUCUGUCCAAACCGGCGUUCGGGGACCGGCGCUGUUACCAACUUCCUCCCGGAGCCCGAGGCCUCGCCGUUCGCGCCGUGGAGCGAGAUGUGAGGGAAGGAGCCGACAUGCUGAUGGUGAAACCCGGUCUGCCCUACCUGGACGUGGUCAGGGAAGUCAAAGACAAGUUUCCCUCCCAUCCACUGGCCGUCUACAACGUCUCGGGCGAAUACGCCAUGAUGUGGCACGGAGCUCAGGCCAAAGCAUUCGACCUGCGAGCCGCCGUGAUGGAGGCCAUGACGGCGUUCCGCAGGGCAGGAGCUGACAUCAUCAUCACCUACUACGUCCCCAACCUGCUGCAGUGGCUGAAAGAAUAAAACCAAACACAUCUGAGGAGGAAAAAGACGCCUGCGCAAUCACCGCUACUAACACAUGUAGAACAAUCAGGAGUGGGCGUGGACAGGGGAGUGGGCGUGGACAGGGGAGU